CGCGGGCACAAGGGGUGGACUCUUCAUCGCCUCUUUGCUUUGGACCAUCACCUUAUCGCAGUUCAGAAACCGAUUCUGACUGUGUCUGCUUUCCGUCGACGUUCUCUGACGCCCAUUGCUCUUUGUCCUAUCCUCGUCGAUCGGAUCGAACAAGAAAUACGAGCAGGACGGACGGAAACAAACAUCGUGGUGCCCGUUGGAAUCGAAACAUGGCUCCGCAGUAUACAGAUCCCUACAGUACAAAUGCGCGCUACUACUACCAAAACGACUCGUUCGACUUCAACGACCCUACCCGAGGGGGGCCAGGAACAACUUCCGCCUACCCCCAUCAUCAACCUUACGACAGCUACAGCGGCAGUGGCCCGACAUAUGACCCGUACAGUUCUUCCAACCUAAACAACCAGCAGUACCCCCCGGCCGACAUGAGCCAACCCCAGCACUCGAGAUCACAGUCUCAAUCGCAAAGAGUAACAUAUGAAGACGGGAACAACGCUGAAUUGGGAAGGCAACCUUCGACAUUGCGGAGGUCUUCGACGAAGAGGACUGAGCCUGGUCUUGCCGUCGCACCGGUGCGAAAGCAGUGGAAUGGGUUCGAAGCUGGAGAGUUCACCCCCGUGACCCCGAGAAAGAAGGGAUUGAAGGAAUACCGUUACGACACUCAGGGAAACCUAUGGACCAAAGGAAGUCGUGGGCGGUGUAUAGGCCGAUUCCUAUGCUGCACAAUUAUGAUCACCAUCUUGCUCGUAGUGAGCAUCGUACUGGCGUUAGCCCUGUGGAUUCGUCCUCCAGCCAUAGAUAUCGGAGAUGUUGUCACUCACAAUACCACGGGCAGUUUGUCGUCACCAGAUGGAUUAGAGAUCAACCUGAGCGUGCCUAUCUCAGUAAACAACCCCAACUACUUUACCGUUGCGUUCUCCCUCCUCAAAGUCGAGAUCUUCUACCCUAUCAACAAUACUCCAGUUGGGGGUGGAGAGUCCCGCGACAUCGUCUUCAAAUCGGGAGAAGAGACUGAUUUCACGUUCCCGUUCAAGCUGAGCUAUAGAACGGCGGACGACCCUGGCAAUAGGGUCUUUGUAGAUCUAGGAACCAAGUGCGGUGUGGGUGGUGGUAGGAGGGAGAACAUCUCUGUGAAUUAUAAGCUGACACUUGGUAUCCGGAUAAUGCUUAUCACCAUUUCACCUGUGAUAGAAAAUACCUUCACAUUCCAGUGUCCGCAGGAGAUUGUCAAUGGCGCUAGUACCGUCAUCACGGGCACUACCACGUCCAGCAACUGAUUAACCAUGCACCUCCAGUCUACAGAAAAUUUACGAACAAUCAUAUCUGUUUCCAUUUUAUGACGACCAUGGGUCAUUUUGUCCUAAUCUGCAUUUGGUCCCUAUCCCAUCUUACCCCACCAUCUCCG